AGCGAUACAAUCACAACACCAAUAGAUCAAUAUAAAUUAUUAUAAAAACAAAAACAAAAACAAAAAAACAAUAAAUCACAUUGAAAAACCAAUCAACCCCACCACCUUCUCUCUUCAAUCCCACAAUUUUGCAACCCUAUUUUGGACUAGAAAACCCAUCAAAUAGGCAUAUCUUCAUUUUUUCCCCUGAAAAUGGAGACCAGCUGGCUUCUAGCUUUUCUCCUCCUCCAAACAGCUGCAACCGAAGCUGCUUCUUUCAGUGUUGGUGGUGGCGUUGGUGUUGGCAUUGGAGGUGGCGGUGGCGGUGGAGGAGGAGGAGGUGGUUGGAUUGGUGGAGGAAUCAACAGCAACCCAAGCCCAUCUGGGUCCUCAAUUUCAAGCACCAGCAAUGCUUACACUGCUCUCCAAGCAUGGAAAUCAGCAAUCACAGAUGACCCAUUGGGGAUUUUGUCCACAUGGGUUGGCUCAAAUGUGUGUUCUUACAAAGGAGUCUUCUGUGCAAACCCUCAAGAUGGUUCAACAACAGUACCAGUCAUUGCAGGCAUAGAUCUCAACCAUGCAAAUCUUGAAGGGACUCUUGUCAAAGAACUCUCUCUCCUCACAGAAAUGUCUCUUCUUCACCUCAACUCCAACAGAUUCACAGGAACAGUCCCAGACACAUUCAAAGACCUCUCAUCACUCACUGAGUUAGAUUUAAGCAACAACCAAUUAUCAGGUCCAUUCCCAACCCCAACUCUCUACAUCCCAAACCUCCUCUACUUAGACCUCAGGUUCAACAGCUUCUCAGGCUCUAUUCCUGAAGACCUCUUCAACAAAAGACUUGAUGCAAUAUUGCUCAACAACAAUCAAUUUGAUGGGCAAUUGCCUUCAAAUCUUGGCAACUCACCAGCCUCAGUCAUGAAUUUGGCUAACAACAAGUUCAGUGGUGAAAUUCCUUUCAGUCUUGGGUACAUGGGUCCAAGAUUGAAGGAGGUUUUGUUUCUUAACAACCAAUUGACUGGUUGUAUCCCAGAGGGAGUUGGGUUGUGGCAAGACUUGCAAGUCUUGGAUGUGAGUUUCAAUUCACUGAUGGGUCAUUUGCCAGACUCAAUGUCUUGUUUGGCAAAUAUUGAGGUUUUGAAUUUGGGUCACAACGAGCUUUCUGGAGUUUUGCCAGACUUGGUUUGCUCUCUGAAGAAUCUUCUGAAUUUGACUGUUGCUGCAAAUUUCUUUUCUGGGUUUAGUCAAGAAUGUGCUAAGUUGUUCUUUAGGAAUGUGGGUUUUGAUUUCUCUUUCAAUUGUAUUCCAGGGAAGGAUAUGCAGAGGCCUCAACCACAGUGUUCUAUGAUUCCUGGAGGUGGGUUGAAUUGUCUUAGGAUUCCUGUAGGUAACCCUCUUGUUUGUGGGACAUUGAUUGGUAGUCAAGAGAAUAGUCCCGGCCCUUCAUCUCCAUGAAUGAGAGAGAGAAGAGAGAGGAGAGAGAGUGACUACUGUUGUGAAACAGGUGGGUGAUAGGUUGGAUGCCAUUAACUGAGAGCAGUUAUGAAUCAAAGCUUCCUAAUUUAUUUUCUUGAAGGAGUUGGGUAAAUCUAUAUGUUGUUAAAUGUGUGCUGCAUUGACAACAAGCUUCCAGAAGGCAAUAGAAAUGGAUUUAUUAGUCUC